AUGACUUGUGACGGUCUGGUUUGCUUCCUUGAGCAAGAUUGGAUCAUCGUUUUAAACCCAUCGACCGGACAACUCCGGAGAUUAUCUUCCGGGCUAAACCCUAACCAUGAGUGCACAUUUGGGUUUGGACUAUGGUCGAGUUUCUUUCCAGAUAAAUGGGUCAUGGGAUUCGGUAGAGACAAAGUCACAAGGAGGGUUCUUGAUGUUCAAACUGGUGAAUGGAGGAAACUAAGGGGACGACCUCCUUAUGUUGUCAACGCGGGGAGUAAAUCGGUAUAUAUGAACGGAUCUAUCUACUGGUUGCACAUUGAUAGGGCACAUGUUGACAAGCGUUUCAAGAUACUAGCAUUGGAUCUUCACACACAAGAGUUCCACAAUUUCUCGAUUCCGGCAAUAUGGGUCACGUGGGAUAAGCAGAUAGUGAACCUCGAGGACUACCGUAUAGCCAUAGCCAGAACGAAAAUUGGGCCUAGGCGGUCUACUUGGAGACUAGAGAUAUGA